AUGAAGAUCAGCACAGCAACCCCACUCCACCUCUCCAACCAUGAAGUUCUCUCCCACUUCAUCGCCCUCAAGCGGGACACCGACGCCUUGAAGCAACAAAGGGCGAAUCAUGAUCUGAGAGAUAAGGUGGAUAUGCGGGAGGCGUACCCUUUAGCGAAGGAACGGGACGAUCCGCCUGAUGGGUCGACGCUGCCAAGGUUGACCGAUGCGGUGAGGCGGCAGGAGGAUGAGGCGGAUCGGAGAGGAUGGAGCGAUGAGUUGGCGUGGAUACAGGACGAGGUGAUCAGGUAUCUUUGCUCAGAUCACGUCCCGACCGCUCGACAAACGGCGGACGGUGUCGCCCAACUAGCCGAUACAUUACAGGAUCACUCUUUGACGAAGGGUGAGGUCCUCCAAAUCGUCAACCUAGCUCCCACACUACCAGUCGAGCUGUACGCCAUAAUAGAAGACGUCGACAGCCGGUUCGAGCCUGGCGCCCACGACCGCCUCGAACAAAUAGCCGAACAGGUCGCAGGCACACUUCUCUCGCAACCGCCCCACGAGCUUGAGCCGUAUGUUACUCGACUGCAGCACGAGCCUUCUUCCCGGAAAGGCCAUGAAGCGGAGAUGUUUGAGGAGGAGGAUGGAGAGGAGGAAGAAGGCUUCAUGGAGCAGGAAUUCGUUACCGAGGCGACUUACGGAGCAGCGUAUGAGGGUGGAGUGGACGAUGAAGUACGGGAAGAUAUUGAAUAG